AUGGACGAGGGGCUGGUGUCAGUGGACACGUUCAGCGGCGGCAGCCAGGCCUACUUCCUCACGCACCUCCACCAGGACCACACCCGGGGCCUCGGCGCGGCGGCCGGCUGGCGCCACGGCCCGCUCUACUGCUCCCCCGUCACGGCGCGCCUCCUCCCCACCCGCUUCCCGGGGGUCGACGCCUCCCUCAUCCGCCCCAUCGCCGCCGGCGCCUCCGCCUCGCUCUCCCUCACCUCCCCCAUCUCCGGGCGCACCGUCUCCCUCCACGUCACCGCCCUCCCCGCCAUUCACUGCCCCGGCUCGCUCAUGUUCCUCUUCCGCGGCGACCUCGGGUGCAGGCUCUACACCGGGGAUUUCCGGUGGGAGUUGGGGUGCGACAAGGCGCGGGCCGCGAAGAAGGCGCUCCUCGACGCGCUCGCCGGGGACACCGUCGACGUGCUCUACUUGGACAACUCCUACUGCCACCCGUCGCUCAACUUCCCCCCGCGCCGCGUCGUCGCUCAGCAGAUAGUUGACCUUAUUCGUGCUCAUCCUGAUCAUGAAGUUAUUCUUGGCAUUGACACUCUUGGCAAAGAAGACCUCUUGCUUUAUAUAGCCAGAGCACUACAAACGAAGAUUUGGGUCUGGCCCCAGCGCCUACUGACAAUGCACCUUCUAGGCAUUGAUGACAAUCGAGAGAUCUUCACCACCCAGACCAGCUUGACGAGGGUCCGGGCUGUUCCAAGAUACGGCCUGAGCAUCGAGAGUCUUGAAGCUUUGAACACAGUAUGCCCAACUAUAGGAAUCAUGCCUUCAGGCAACACUUGGCUAUGGAGAAACAGCGAGGGAAAGAGCAAGUUCAGUGGCAAAGGACCAGCAAAGUCUACCAAAUGCAAAGGGCGAGGACGGGGCGCAGUGGGCACAAUAGAGAUGAACUAUGAUCCCUCGUCACCACCAAAGCUAUUUGAGAAGGAUUCCUACACUCUGCCAUACACCGACCAUGCUUGUUUCGCAGAGUUAGAGGAUUUUAUGCAGACAGUGCGCCCGUCAACGGUCGUAGGGAUCGUCAGCUCAUCGUACUGUUACGUGAAUCCUCGUGGUCACUUUGGCCAUCUCUGCGGAGACGAAGCGUGCUCUGACAAGACGCCCGUGAAGAACGGCGGGCAUGCUGGAAACUCGACGCCCGUAAAGAACGGCAGGCAUGCUGGAAACUCGACGCCUAAGAGAAGACCGGGUGCUUCGAAAGCCCCGAGGAGAAGGAUGGUCAAGAUCUCCAGUCCAACACUGUACAGAAGCAGAGCUAUAAUGAUGAAAAGGAGGUAUUCCUGUGGUGCAAAGAUUGUAGAACCCGAAGAACCCAUCCCUGUCUCUUGA